GAUACCGGCUACCAGCCCACCCCGCUGGCCACCCCUGCCGAGUCGGGCAGCAAGUACCUGCUGGCGUCCCUGGACAGGGGUCAGGGCAGAGGCGGAGGGGGCGGUGGUGCCCUGGAAUACGUCCCCAAGGCUGUGAGCCAGCCCCGGCGGCAUAGCCGCCCUGUUCCCAGUGGCAAGUAUGUGGUGGACAACUCCAGGCCACCCACAGACCUGGAGUAUGACCCUCUCUCCAACUACUCGGCCCGGCACCUCAGCAGGGCCAGCUCCCGGGACGAGCGGGCUGCCAAGCGACCCCGGGGCCCCCGCAGCAGCGAGCCCCACACCCCUGCUCCCAAAAAACCCUGUGACCCCUUCAGUAGCUGCGAUGCGAGGUUCUCAGACUCGGAAGAUGAGGCCACCACGGCCCCAGGUAAUGAGCCCACCAUCGCCAGCACCCCCAAAGCCAGGGCUGACCCUGAGAGCAAGGCCACUGGGCAGCCACCCUCCAAAGAGGGCCUGGAGGCCGAGGGGGGCGGCCUGCGGGAGACCAAGGAGACGGCCGUGCAGUGCGACGUGGGAGACUUCCAGCCACCCCCAGCCAAACCCUGCUCCCCAGCCCAGGUCCAGGCCUCACAGGAUGGGGGCUGCCCCAAGGAGGGAAAACCCAAGAAGAAAAAAAGCGGGACCCCACCUGCCCCCAGCUGCAAAGAUGGGACCCAGAGGAAGGACAAGACCAAGGACAAGGGCCGAAGGCGGCCUGCAGAGAAGCCCCGUGCGGACAAGAAGGGCCCGCAGGCCAGCAGCCCCCGGCGCAAGGCAGAGCGACUGGAAGGGACCAAGAAGAAGCCAUCUUCGGCCACUCCUGUGGCCAGCUCAGGGAAAGGACGGCCUGACCGGCCAGCGCGGCGGCCGAGCCCCACAAGCGGGGACUCCCAACAGGCGGCCAGCAGAGGCCCACCCCGCCCCCUCCAGCUCCCCGACAGGAAAAGCACCAAGGUCCCAUCGGGGAAGCUGGUGGAGCGGAAAGCCCGCUCGCUAGACGAGGGCGCCUCCCAGGACGCCCCCAAACUGAAGAAGCGGGCCCUGAGCCACGCCGACCUCUUCGGAGACGAGAGUGAGGACGAGGCCGCAGGGCCGGGGGUGCCGAGUGUGUGGCCCCCUGCCCUCCCCAGCCUCAGCUCAGACUCAGACUCUGACUCGGACUCCAGCCUGGGCUUCCCUGACGCGCGGGGGCCGCCCAAGCGGCUCAAGGCCUCCCCGCCCCCCUCCCCCGCACCGUCCUCCUCUUCGUCCUCCAGCGCGGGGGCGGAUGUGGACUACUCGGCCCUGGAGAAGGAGGUGGACUUUGACUCGGACCCCAUGGAGGAGUGCCUGCGGAUCUUCAACGAGUCCACCGUGCCCCCGCUGUGCUGCCAGGCCUUAGCAUUUGUGGUGAUGCAGGCGGAGCCCCCAAGGAGGAGUCCUGCGGUGCCCCCGGCCCGGCCCCCGACGGCACAGGAGGUGUGCUACCUGCGGGCCCAGCAGGCGCAGAGGGCAUCGGCGAGCUUGCUGCAGGCCCCCCCCAGGCUGGCGGAGAAGCUGCCCUCCGUCCACAUCUCUGCCCCUGGUGAGAAGAGGAGGAUCGCCCACAUCCCCAACCCCCGCCUGGCUGCAGGUGAGUGCUGACCCAGGAGGCCUGUGCCAGGGGGACAGAAAAGCGAGGAGAAGGGGCUUUCGGGUCUGACCACUCUGUUCCCCGGGCAGAAGAGGAGGAUCUCCCAUUUGCCUUCCCUCUAGAGUUUAAAGAAACCCAUUAUCCCCAAAGAGUUUGGGGGCAAAGUCCCCACCGUCAUCCGCCAGCGCUAUCUCAACCUGUUCAUCGAGGAGUGUCUCAAGUUCUGUACCUCCAACCAGGAGGCCAUAGAGAAGGCACUGAACGAGGAGAAGGUGGCCUAUGACCGCAGCCCCAGCAAGAACAUCUACCUGAAUGUGGCCGUGAACACCCUCAAGAAGCUCAGGGGCCUGGCCCCCAGCGCCGUGCCCAGCCUCAGCAAAACCAGUGGCCGCAGGGUUGUGUCCCACGAGGUGGUGUUGGGGGGCAGGUUGGCCACCAAGACCAGCUUCUCGCUCAGCCGCCCAAGCAGCCCCCGGGUGGAGGACCUGAAAGGGGCUGCCCUGUACAGCCGCCUCAAGGAGUACCUGCUCACCCAGGACCAGCUCAAGGAGAAUGGCUACCCCUUCCCGCACCCAGAGCGGCCCGGCGGCGCAAUCAUCUUCACAGCUGAGGAGAAGAGACCCAAGGACUCUUCCUGCAGGACCUGCUGCCGCUGUGGCACCGAGUACCUCGUGUCCUCCUCGGGCCGCUGCGUCCGGGACGAGGAGUGUUACUACCACUGGGGACGGCUGCGCCGGAACCGGGUGGCCGGAGGCUGGGAGACCCAGUACAUGUGCUGCUCGGCUGCCGCCGGCUCUGUCGGCUGCCAGGUCGCAAAGCAACAUGUGCAGGAUGGCCGGAAGGAGCGCCUUGAGGGCUUCGUGAAGACCUUUGAGAAAGAGCUCCCAGGAGACACCCACCCAGGGAUCUACGCCCUGGACUGCGAGAUGUCCUACACCACGUACGGCCUGGAGCUGACGCGCGUCACAGUGGUCGACACGGAUGUGCACGUGGUUUAUGACACCUUCGUGAAGCCUGACAACGAGAUUGUGGACUACAACACCAGGUUUUCGGGGGUGACGGAGGCUGACCUUGCUGACACAAGCGUCACACUGCGUGACGUCCAGGCCGUUCUGCUGAGCAUGUUCAGCGCUGACACCAUCCUCAUCGGACACAGCCUGGAGAGUGACCUCCUGGCCCUGAAGGUCAUCCACAGCACCGUGGUGGACACGUCUGUGCUCUUCCCCCACCGCCUGGGCCUCCCCUACAAGCGGUCCCUGCGGAACCUCAUGGCCGACUACCUCAGACAGAUCAUCCAGGACAAUGUGGACGGGCACAGCUCCAGCGAGGACGCCGGCGCCUGCAUGCACCUGGUGAUCUGGAAGGUUCGAGAAGACGCCAAGACCAAGCGAUGACGCCUGCCCGCCUCCUGCCCGCCUCUCCUGCCGCCCCGCUGGUCCUUAGCCCCAGGCCUCUUCCAAAACAGUGCAAUAAAUCUCCGGUAACCCGUCCACCUGGCCGAGGCAGCCCAGAGCAGCGGGACAAGCUGGCGGCCGGAGAACGCCCAGCCCAGCCCACCCCCGCUCACGUCCUGCGCACCCCUCCGCCCGUCCCCACCCUCUGCCCCCAGCCUUCUGGCGUCUCUAGAAUUGCUGCUGACAGCGACCAGGACAGAGCCCGCCCCCCAUCAGCCCGCAGCCCCUCCUGCCCCUCCGGCCAGGCCCUCACUCCCUCCCAGGUGGUGGCUGGCACCUCUGCUCCUCACAUGGGUCGCGGGGCGGGCUUGUCCCGGGUUUGUUUGAGACAGUCUUUUUUUUAUUUUGUAUUGUUAUUUUUAUUAUUUUUAAUUUAAACCUGAUGACUUGCACAGCACCUUUCCCACCGGGAAGAGCGGGCCUGCUGCCUUCCCUCCUGGGGGCUGGGGGUGGGACAGACCCCAGUGGGGGCCCGCCAGGGCCACACUCAGCCCAGCAUGGGCUGGACCCGCCUCCGUGCUCCAGGGGCUGGCCUGUCUUCGGGGCGCCGGCUUCCACCACUCGCCGCCCCACCCCUGCACUCCGUGACCUCUGAGAACCCAGCCGGCCCCUCAUUAGCCCCAGGGCCUGCGGUCCGGAUGGAGCCCACAGGCGUCUGGACACUGUCUUCCCGCCAGAGCCCCGUCUUCCUCUGCGGGGCUCUCCGGACCCCUACUCCCGUCACCUCCAGGCAGGGACAGAAUAAAUGUUUGUAUGGAUUUUA